GGUAGUUACAUCAGCAACUCCUAGGCAUGUAGCAACUGAGGAGGAGGAGGAAGAAAAAGAAGAACUACAAGAGGAGGAGCCGGAAGAAGAAGAAGAACGACAAGAGGUGGAGGAGGAAGAGGAUGAGGAGGAGGAGGAAGGAUGAUGAUGAUGAGGGGGAGGAGGAGGUGGAGGAGGAAGAGGAGGAGGAGGACGAGGGAGAGGAGGAGGAAGAGGACGAGGAGGAAGAGGACGAGGAGGAAGAGGAAGAAGAAGAACUAGAAGACGAGGAGGAGGAGGAAGAGGAAGAGGAGGGCGAGGAGGAUGAAGAAGAUGAUGAGGAGGUGGAGGAGGAGAGUGAAAGAGAGGAGGAGGAGGAAGAGGAGGAGGAGGUGCUGGAGGCGGGUGAAGAGGGAAAACGACCAAAAGCUCACCUCGAUGACGAUGCAGCAGGAGGACGACUCUGUCGGCGAAGGCUCCAGCGGAGGCAGCGAUGGCUUCAGCAGCUCAACAAUGGGGCGGCAGGCCGUCAGCACCGAGAGGCUCAACACACGGGUGGGGGGCGGGGGCGAGCAGCAGGCACCAUGACCACGGGGCAGUGGGUUGUUGUUGGGGAAGAACGAUCCAGCGCCUCGACAGGAGUGGCUAUCUGGAUACCUGCCUCCUCACGUGGCGUCCCCACGGCAUAUGAGUAUGAUAAGCAAGACGGUAGGUGGGUGUACGUCAAAGUAACAAUAGGCGAAGAGGAGGUAGUCAUUGUCAAUAUGUAUGGCCCGAAUGAUCCCAUGGACCGCGUUCAGUUCCUGCAUUGUCUUUACCAAGAGCUUCCCUGGGAUCCCCCGCUGAUUAUCGUCGGGGAUUUAAUAUGACACCCGAUCCAAUAUUGGAUAGAUAUUCCUCCUUGCAGCGGGAGAUGAGGGACACCUCAUAACAUACCCCGACCCCGGAUGCGGAAAUGCGGAAAUAUGGACAAGAUUCAAGGCGGCGUUGCAGCUCAAGGAUUCUUACAGAACGCUCCACCCGAAUAAAAGAGCAUAUACAUGUGUCCGCUCAAGAGGGGCUGCAGACACAUCGAAUCGAUCUUAUCCUCAUCUCAGAGGACCUCAUUGGCAUAUAACCGGUAACAAAUAUCAUGACCAUCA